UCGUAUGCAGAACACUGUCGACUGUCGUCUGCCGAACAACGCCGAAUUUACUGCAUCUUUCACCUGCUGUGAAUUUGAGAAAAUAUUAUUUCUUCAAAACUAUUAGUAAUUGGUAUUCAUAUUUUUAAAGAUAUAUCUUCCACAAACUUGCUAAGUCAGUUGAAAAUGGAUCCGCCGAAAGAGCCAACCAAACCUGGCCUGGAAGUAGAAUCAGAUGCUGCAUUGGCCGCAUCUGCUGCCAAUGCUGUGGAACAAUGGCGAACUUAUCAAAACGCCUACGCAUUGUACCAGCAACAGCAGGCUGCCUACGACCAGUAUAUGCAAAAACAGGCAACCAUUACCAGCUACGAGGAGCAACAGGCAGCCUACAAUCAAUAUCUGGAGGCGCACAACAGCUACCAGAAGCAUCUGGAGCAAUAUGAGCAACAGAAGGCCUAUCAAGAGUUCUACACUGGAGCAGGUAGCACCAACCCAGCUGAUGUGGUUGUUCCUCCAUAUUAUCCAACAACGACCGUGUUUCAACAGGCUGGUCCGGGCACGGUGCCUCCCGUUUUUACGACUCCUUUGGCAAAUGUUGAUCCUUUUUACGGCAGAGGAAAUGAUCAUCGACGGGAUCCGGCUACGCUGAAAGAUCGGUCAUUUAUGUCUAAACGUGCCAAAGCAUAUACGUCGACUAACUAUUACGCCAAUCCCGAUGACGAGCAGCUUUUUCCGCCGGAGUUGAAAAAACUUUUCAAAGAUAUGGACUGCGGCUUAUGCAAGAGCAAAAUGAACUCCCAUAUCUCUGCCAACGUUCAUUAUCAGUCCAAGGUACACGAGAAAAAGGUGAUCCAGUGGCUCUCGGAAUGGUGCGAAAGCACCGGAACUCCUAUGCCAUACCGUGCCCCGCGGAAAUCCGUACCGGUUGAGCCCAUCGGGCCGAACUCGCUGCGUUGUGAAGCAUGUGACUUGCCACUGACUUCGAUCCAGCAUGCGAACCAACAUUACACCGGGAAACGGCACCGGAUGGUCGUCAGUGGCAAGAAAACUCCGGCUGGUAGAGGCUACUUCAACAAAGAUGGCACAUGGACUAGACGUUCUGUCGUCGCUGAUGGAAAUCCGGACCGUUUCGGAAUUGGUCAAACGUUUGUCAACAAGACACACUACAGCCCCUACGAUGCAAAGCGAAUGCGCUUGGAACCACCGCCAGCCCCUCCGGCGGGACUGCUUGAAAGUGGAAGUGCUAAUCCGGAAUAUUUGGGCACAGCUGUGCCAGUCCCAGUGGUGCAGCAACCAAUCAUUCCGGCUUAUGCUGCUCCGAUUGUUGCCACCCCUAUGGUCCAGCCUGGCAACGCAGUGGAAGCUGAAGUGCGCAAGAAGGAAGGCGCUGACUGUGUGGACGAAAGCGGAGUGUUCUGUAAAGUUUGUCAAAUUGCGGUAACUUCGUCGGCUGUUAUGGAAACUCACUUGAAAGGCGUGAAACAUUUGAAAAAACUGAAAUCGGUCGGUCGUAUGCCGCCUCCAUCGAGUGUUAAAAGCGGCAGCUCAGCUGAAAGUAUUUUGUCUAUCUUGACGAAUCCUCAGCCACAGCAGAACGAUUGGUCACUGUAUCGCAUGCCGUCUGGUAAGUAUUAUUGUAAGACGUGCAACUCUAUUAUGGCAGAUGAAAAAUUGUUCUCGCAGCAUUGGUAUGGCAAGAAGCACAAGUUGAAGGCGAAGCAAGAAAUGGAAGAGCAGUCAGGUACUGCCGACAAAAAAACAAAAAGCUGGCGUCGCGCGAGAAAACCUUAUCAGGUUUAAUUUGAAUAAUGAUCACUAUUUUGAAAGUAUCUUCCUCAGCGAUUCCUUUUCUAAAAACCUUCUUAAUUUAAUAUUCGCAACAAAUACUAUUUAUUGAAAAUAAUAUGAACUUAUACUUUAUCCUAUUAAUCAAAGUUUAAUUAAAAAUGUUUAUAUUCCUAUACUGCCGGUACUUUCACAUAUUCUCGUGAUUGAGACGGUCGAAAGCUUUUUCGUAGUCAAUGAACAUCAAGUAAAGGGACUAUUGGAAUUCGUUGACCUGCUCCAGAAUAAUACGGAGCGUGACAAUAUGGUCCACACAGGAUCUUCCGGCACGGAAUCCGGCCUGCUGCCGCCGGAGAGUCGCAUCGAUCUUCUCCUGAAUCCGGGCUAGGAUAAUUUUGCAUAGAACUUUGAGAACGGUACACAGCAACAUAAUGCCUCGCCAGUUAUCGCAUACAGUCAGAUACCUUGCAUCCAGUCGACCGGGAAAGUUGCGGUGUCCCAGAUAUUACGAAAAAAGCGAUGCAGUAGUUAAGCGGAUAUCAUGGAUUCAGCUUUGAGCAUGUCGGCUGAUAUGCGAUCGACCCCUGGGGCUUUAUUCGAUUUCAUGCUUUGGAUGGCUGUUUGAAUCUCUAGCAGUCGUCCUAAAACAGUAUUCUGUAGAGUCGGUCCACCUUCACAUGCCUUCAAUCGCCCGUCUCUGAGUAAAUUCGGGAAAAAUUCAGCACUAAUCAGCAUGUCAAUCUCGCCGUUUUCAUGGAAAUGAGGAUCCGCCAAUUCAUUACGCUCCGGAAUGUUUCAUUGGCCAAUGUCGAUGCUCUCAGCCGGCAUGGAAAUUGUGGGUUUGGGCAGCGUAAUGGCAAACAUCCGAGGGCUGACUGCACAGCGUUUUUGAAAAUGCCUGCAGAAUUUCCGAUGCCUUGUAUAGCCAAGAAAUCAGGAAAUAGCUCUCGAUUGAGCUCUCGACAAAACCUUUCGGUUACAAAGCAAUAUUGAGAGCAUGAGUCAAGCAAUGCUCGUGCGAGUUUAGAGUUGCCAAAACGAUCCUUCACUCGUACAAUGGCGGUUGAUAACAAGACUUGGCGUUUGGAUGAUUGUGCGAGGGAGUGUAGUGCUACCGUGUUCUGAAUAGUGUGUGGUGGGUCUGUAGCUGGAAGCGUGUUUGUGUUUUGCGACGGUGUAUUGACAACUGUGGGUGGUGUGGAUUGGAGUGUGCGGCGUGCUGUGUUUUGGUUUUGUGGUCUCGGUUGUGCUAACUGUUGGAUUUGUUGAUAGUCUAUUGGGGGUCGUCGUGUCGUCUGUGAAACGGAGGAUCUUUGUGUUGCAUUGUUCGCCGAAUCGUUCGACGGAUGAAGCAGCGUGUUGUGUCGUUUUCCGCAGUGACGGCAGGAUCCCUUUGCUUCACGAGCGUGCUAGAUGACCGGCUGAAAGACAAUUUAGGCACAAUCCGUUUCUCUUCACAGCAUCGUACCAAUCUGAAAGCUUCAUCUUCUGCAGAAAAAGGCCAAAUGGAAUGGCUCCGAGCAGAAGCAGCAUCGCCCGGUAGUGGAUGGAUGGCUCACUCCAAAUUUCGGAUUUCUGACCUCUAGUUGAACCGGCCUACUGGAUUGGCCAACUGAUUGAAGAACUGCACAAUGGUUCUUUAAGAAGGUAAUCAAGUUGACGUACAGUGGAACUUCUUUCGAGUUGUGAUUGGUCUCCCAGAGUCGCAGCGUAACUGGAUCUAGUCGUGCGUAAACCAUAUGGACGAGCAUAGUACUCCAGCCAGCUGUAUUUUCUCCAAUCUUCUCAAGCAUUUGAAGAUUCUUCUCGAAUUCAUUGACUACAUUAUUAAGCAACUCGUAGCUCUCACGUUUCAUGAACUCGACGUUGAAAAUCGCAUCCAAAUGCGCCUUCACGAUCAGUUUUUUGUUCUGAUACCGGUUUUCUAGUGCAUUUCAGGCCACGGUGCAAUUCGCCGCUGAAAGCUCGAUCAUCUCUAUCUCCUGCAGGGCCUCAGAAGACAAGGAUGAGCGAACAUACGCGAACUGCGAAAUACAUCCUUGAAUGGGACCCAGUCCCGUAAUUUGCCUGAAAACUGCGGUAAGUUGAUCUCCGGCAGCUUGAUCGACGACAUCGAAGAAGCCGAAUUCGUUGCCGAACUGUUUUCCUUAACCGUAACACGUAACCGCUCUAAAGUGGCCUUGAGUUUGCAGUACAAAUUCUCCACCUCACUGGCAACAUCAGCAUUCUCAGCAUCUCUUUGCAUGGACGCAGCCUCCAACUUCGCUGAACGAGCCUUCGCCGAUUCGCCUGGUUCUGCUUCAUACCUUUCUUCGUCAUUUUCGUCGAGACGCACUUCAAUCUUCUGCCGCACUUCCGUGAAUUCAAUGAGUGCCUUGUCCAACAGAUGCAAAUGGGAAUGCAGAUGGGAAUAUUUUCUUCAACGCCGCACAAUGUCCAAUUGUUCUGCGAAUAUAAAUGGUUCUCCCGCGAAACUGUUAUGGACACACGAUCGCGAAAAUGUCCGGAUUCCGCUUGAUCUGGCUCUACAAGGACCAAAAUUAUGUUGCGAGUGAGACACUCGCGAAACUUUGUUUACUAAAAGAACGUUUUAUUUUUCCAACAAAACUAAGUCGCUUUAUUCCACUGCUCACGAUCGCAGUUUAUUUACAACUAACUGCUCUGCCGUUUCUACGUUUUUACGCUACAGUGGUAGCUGGUUCGAGCAGGUCCGAAGUAAACUGUCGAUCGGUUGAUGAACAAUAGUAUCGGUUCUAUCCUACACGCUACUGAACUGAAUCACACGGCAGAGUGCGUUCAAUGCUAUGGCACCAAAUGUGAAUCGCGUGGUUGCUCUAAAAUAUUUUAUUCAUUCCGUGCGCAACUGUGCCUUACUCUAGAAGGUAGAUAUCUCUUUUAUUUCGUGGGUUUAAUCCCAGGCUCAUAUCAAUCGCCCACUUUGUAUUUUUCCCUAAAUGUCUCAUGUUCCAGCAAUCGAUAGAAUUGAAAAAGGCAAACAUAUUGUGUCUAUUUCUGUCCGAUAUUAUUGUAGUUUAAUACCAUUAGGUUAAACGACCAUUAGGCUAAACGUCCAUUAGGCCAAACGACUUUAGGCCAAAUGUGGUACAAGCAUACUAUUCAUGGAGUUAACUCAAAAGUGACAAAGCCCCAAAUAGGACUGAUAUGUAAGUACCAGCAGUAUGGGACACAAGCAGCUUUAGUACAGUUUCCUUAAAUUUCUCUAUUUUUGGGCUUACGAUUUAAAUUCACACAAUCAACACGGUAAAAUUGAAAAUAAAAAAUCACAAUUCUUUGCCGCUGUUUGUAAAGUAAUGAUAUCCGCGAUUAUGUGUGUGUCCCUACAUAAGCGUUUUUUCUACGAUAGAAUAAAAUAUUCGAGCAUAUAUGCUGGACAAUACUUCUGUAAUUGUGGUGAAAUUUUACAAUAAGUUUGAUCGUGCACGUCCGAUAUUGUUUCAGAUCUGAUCAGAUUUUUUAUAAGUAUAUAACAGGAGAAUAGAACAGCUUUUUGGUAAUUAUCACGAUACAUUUAUCGUGAAGUGACUUCAAAAGAUUUGUUUUUAAUUAUCAUAACUCCUAUUUAUCAGCCAUCCUUUCCAUAAAUAUUGGAAACUGAAUAGCCGUGUGCCGUAGUUUAUCAUAUAUUCAAAUCAAAUUAUAAACUGUAUAAAGUUUGAAGCUUUUUCUAGGAAACAUUCGAUAACGACGUUACAUAGAGGUUUGCAAUUUUUUAAUCACUUAUUCUUCCCCUUUAAUCAAUAAAAAUAUUAUAUUUAUAAUAUUUCCCCAAACGUACGGAUGUUUCCUAGUAUAAAAUUAACAGGAUGAGCCUAAAUAAUCAUGCAUACUUGCAUUCAUGCAUGGUAACAGUUCAAUAAAUGUGUGUA